AUGAUGACGCCAGUGCCAACGAAAUGCACCGAUAUUCGGACAUAUCUAUGGGAGACGAAAACCGAUUUGACGCUUCAUCCGGCCUCGAUAUUUUCGUUUUCGAUCAUUUAUACAUUUUUCAUCACGCUUGGGGUCUUCGGAAAUUUGUUAGUCGUCAUCUCGGUUUGCAAGCAUAAAUCUCUACAAUCGGUCCGUAACAUCUUCAUUGUCUCGCUUUCGUGCUCGGAUAUCGUGGUGUCUAUUGUUAGCGGCUCAGUGACUCCAAUUACCGCAUUUUCCAAAAUAUGGCUAUUUGGAGUUCAUUUGUGCCACCUUCUUCCACUUAUUCAGGGUACUUCUCUAUGCUUCUCCACCCUUACGCUUACAGCAAUUUCGAUCGACCGUUUCAUUCUUAUUGUGUAUCCGACGAAAAAACCUAUUCAAAAAAACCAUGCAAUCCGAAUGAUUUUCUUUAAUUGUACAUUGGCUCUCGCCCUCUCACUUCCUAUGCCCAUCAAGCAGAAAUUGGUCACGUAUGGAAAUUUUUGCGGACAAUUCUGCACCGAAGAUUGGCAGGAUAACUUGCAUAUGCGAAGUGUUUACGGAACCGUGGUCUUUAUUAUUCAAUUCGUUAUCCCAUUUAUUGUCAUUGCUUUUUGCUACACAGCUAUAUCUUUAAAACUCCGUCGAGGAAUCCUGGUUCGAGGAAGCCAAAAGGAGUUGAUGACUGAUCAGCGCAAGAGUGCGCUUCAACGCCGAAUCCGCACAAAUCGCAUGCUUAUGGCAAUGGUCGGUGUCUUCUUCUGCUGCUGGCUUCCUUCAGUGGUGUUUAACUUCUUACGUGAUUAUUCAUGGCUUCCCAACUUUGUCAGCUCGCAGGAAUACCUCUUUGGCGUGGUUACGCAUUGCAUAUCGAUGAGCUCGACUGUGUGCAACCCUUGCCUUUACGCAUUGUGCAACGAGCAAUUCCGGGCCGCUUUCACAAUCUUGCUUCAAAGUGUUAAAGGAUCUAUCGGAGUGGCCAAAAACGAUCCGAGCUGCUCGCAAUUGAUGCGCCCAAACUUUGACCAAAGCACCAGACGUUCGUUUGUUUCGGCUGUCCCAAGUUCAAUUUAA